UAGAAAACAAGGAAGCACACGGUGUCAGACUUAUAAACAAGACAAAUAUGCAUAUCAUCCAUACCCUGAACGAUGUGAUUCUGAGUCGCCAGUUGGAUCAUAUGUUAUGGUGGUGCCUCCGGAAAAUUUAGUGCAUACAGCAGUCGGAUCAUAUAUUAUAAUGCCAAUUUUGGGCACUGGAUAUUCUACGGAACCGGAAAAUUUUUUUACUAGUGAACCUGAAUUAAUUAUUCAAUAA